CGUGAUGCCGGUAAACAAACUCCACGCUGUCGGGGAAAAAAAACUCGGGCUUCCUCUCAUUUGUUUUCGGACCGGCCGUUAGUGUUUGUUUGGACACCGUCUGCUAAAGUACUCCCAUUAAAACAAUUAAACAAACUUUAGUCGCAAAAAGAAGAACAAACUUUUGUUUGAGCGUAACAAUCGAAAAACAAUUGUUUGAACGAAAUGUUCUCGGAAGUAAUGUUCUUAAAUUUAAUCGUUUUGGUCGUGUCGUGGUAUCCGUAUGAGAACGGUUUUAUUGUACCAGGCGAGCAUAGGUAUCGUGGAGUUCACGAUGGCUCGAAGCACGCUAAGAGCUACCUCAAUGAGUGGACGGUCGAAGUGGACGGCGGUGAAGAGGUCGCGCAACUGGUGGCUUUGGAACUUGGAUACGUCUAUGGCGGCCUGGUACAGGGUUUCCCGAACACAUACGUAUUUUUGAAAUACGAACACGUGAAACAACGCCGUACCCCUAGCUCGCAUCACACGUCGACGCUAGUACAAGAUCGAAGGGUACGAUGGGCCGAACAAUUAUUUAGUAAGUCUCGUGUUAAAAGGCUCGCUUCACCCGGACCUGAUCAAACUCUAUUCAGAGUCAAGAGAAUUCAAACGAAUAACAACAAACUUAUGGAGAAGAGAAAUGGCCCAUAUUCAUAUUCUAAAUAUGAGUUCAAUGACGAACUAUGGAGUAAUCAGUGGUAUUUGCAAGAUACCCGCACGUCGUCUAAACUGCCUCGUUUAGAUUUAAAUGUGUUGCCAGUCUACAAAUCGGGAUUCAAUGGAAAAGGUGUUCGUGUUUCUGUACUUGAUGAUGGCAUUGAACACAAUCACACGGAUCUCCGAGCCAACUACGAUCCAGAAAUAAGUUGGGACUGCAAUGAUAGAGAUUCGGACCCUUUCCCGAGGUACCAGAAAGUUAUGAAAAAUUCUCACGGCACACGUUGCGCUGGCGAAAUAGCAAUGACCGCGAACAAUGUGAAAUGUGGAGUGGGCGUGGCGUGGGGGGCGAAAGUGGGCGGUGUACGUAUGCUCGAUGGAGCUAUCACCGACCGGAUUGAGGGGGAGGCAAUAGGAUAUGCUGUUGAUAAGGUCGAUAUUUACAGUGCCUCGUGGGGACCUAAUGACGACGGAAGAACCGUUGAAGGACCUGGUCAUUUGGCGAUGGAGGCAUUCAAGAGAGGUGUCGAAACGGGUCGAGGCGGCAAAGGCGCCAUCUAUGUUUGGGCGAACGGUAAUGGCGGCGGACAUAGCGAUAAUUGCAACUGCGACGGUUAUUCAUCCAGUAUUUAUACCGUAUCAAUUGGAAGCGCCUCCCAGCACGGACUAUUUCCCUGGUACGGGGAGAUCUGUUCUUCUACUCUCGCUGCCGCUUAUUCGUCUGGUGCAUACAAAGAUCAGAAAAUCGCCACUACGGACACAGGAGACUCAUGCACGCUUAGUCACACCGGGACAUCCGCAGCUGCGCCUUUAGCGGCUGGUAUCAUCGCACUCGCCCUAGAAGCUAAUCCAAAUCUCACGUGGCGAGACGUCCAGCACUUGAUAGUCUGGACCUCGGAAUAUGCACCGUUGUCAGCGAAUCCUGGAUGGCAAUUGAAUGGAGUUGGACUUCGUUUUGAUAUUCGAUUUGGAUUUGGAUUAAUGAAUGCAGGAGGACUUGUCAAAGCAGCUUUGAAUUGGACUAAUGUCCCAGAAAAAUCGAUUUGUCGAGUGAAAGCAUCUCCUUCGGAGUACGAAAAUAAAUUGACUACAGGGGAAGGCGUUGAUAUUUUGUUGGACGUCGAAAAUUGCGUUGUUAACUAUUUGGAACAUGUUGAAGUUAUUUCAAAUAUAAAAUAUACUCGUCGUGGGGCGUUACAAAUUUCAUUGAUUUCACCGCAAGGAACCAAAAUACAGCUUUUGAGCCCACGUCCUCUUGAUAUAUCCAAUGAUGGUUUUUUCAAUUGGCCUCUAAUGUCUGUGGGUACUUGGGGCGAAAAUCCUAAUGGAAUUUGGAAAAUUGUCAUAGAAGAUAAGACAAAGGAACGUAAUUCCGGGGAAAUUGGUACAUUCAGUUUGAUAGUACACGGAACUAAUGAAAUGCCAGAGCACAUGAGAAACGGUCCAAGGAAAUACAAUAAAGAGUACAACAACAACAGCUACGGGGACGUAUUCGAAUACUUCGAUAGCGUGCGUAACAGCGAUUUGAACACGGUUACGGACGAUAUUGCAGCUGCCGUACCAGGGUCGCAUGAGGCCGAGGAGUUUGACGCAAAUGAAAUCGACCCAGAAGUACUCGCGGCAGUUGAAAAAGAAUUACAAAGAAUUCAUCACCGAAAAAACUAUCUGCCUAGUCUCGGACUUUAAAUAAAAACGUAUAUUUUACUCCACAAUGAUCUCGAAAAAAAAAACGUACCUAAUUUUAUC